GAUGAGCAUAUUAAAUAUCAUAUUACUAAAAAAUAUAAUUUGCUUAAUACUAAUGAAUCUUUCAAUUUAGAGAAUGAAGAUACUUUAGAUGAAGAACUAUUAGAAGAUUUGGAGGAUGAUAUUAUGAAAACAAUUGAGAAUAUAGAUAAAUUUAAUAAUAAUGAUGAAAUGAAGCAACUAGUGAAUGUAGUACACAAUAUUCUCAAGCUACAAACUAUCA